AUGGUGGACAUGAAUAAUCGUGGUACAAAAUUGGUCAUUGAUGAAAAUGAUAUAGACAAAAUCUCUAAUUUGCCCAUGGAUAUCCUUGAUAAAAUAUUCAAGGACAUGUCAUUUCUAGAAUUGGUAAAAACGUGCGUCUUGUCGAAGAAAUGGGUACAUUUCUGGGCUAUGCAUCCAAUUCUUGUUCUAGAUGGAGAUUUUUUUAGAAAGAUAAGUGGUAAUAUAAAAUUGAUUGAAGAUGGUUUUAGUGGCCUAAUUGACAAAAUUCUCUUUCAACAUGUUGGAUCAAUAGUCAAGUUUUCCCUUGAUUUGUCAACUAUCUAUUAUAAUAAUAAUAGGGACCUUGGUCAUUGGUUGAUUUGCGUAACAAAAUAUUUUCCAAAAAGGUUUGAUCAAUCUAUACCCUACCAUUUGGAGCAUAUAACAUUGUGUGUGACAUUUCUGGAUCUAAAUCAAGUUUAUGAUAUUCUUGCCUUGAUUCGACGUUCUCCCAACUUGCGUUCACUGGAAAUAGAUGUUUUCAAUACCUUGAGAGAAAGAAACAUAGGUGAAGUUAUUCAUUAUCUAGAAGAUCCAAAAUGUAUUGACCAACAAUUUGAGAAGCUUGAAUUUGUGGAACUAAGAAAGUUUGAGGGGACACACUUUGAGCUCAUUUUCUUAAAGAAAAUAUUGGGAUAUUCUCCUUCGCUUUCAAGGAUUAUUGUUGAACCUUCUGAUGAUAUUGAUGUUGCAGAGAUAUUGGAUUUGUAUGAAGAACUAAUGAUGUUUUUAAAAGCAUCACCAACGGUAAAAGUCGUUGUGGCACCUCAUGGUUAAGAUCCACAACUUUACAAUUUUAUUCUAUGGAAUAUUUCAAAUGAUUUCAAUGGAUUUUACUUUCCUUUUAUGUUUGAACUUAUGAUG